AUGCCAAUUGCAUCAGACAUCAAAAUCUGCCUGAAUAUUGCAGACAUGUCGUCAGGAAACGAAGAACGCUUCGGUUGUCCUUUAUGCGGCAAGCUCAUGCUAAGAAAGAAUGUGUACGACCAUUUGAGAAAGAUUCAUUACUCUUCUGAACAACAAGUUGAAUCAAUGAAAGCGAAUAUAAAAAUCGAGGCUAACGCAAAAAAGGAUGAAUUCCACAUAAUCUGUCCUGUCUGCGAUGAUCAGUUUCUUGACCAGGAGGAAUUGGCUAUUCACUGCAACGUGGAACACACUCACGAUGGUGCAAACGGCGAAGAACAAGACUACACUGUGCACGACUUGGAUUUCGCUUCCAAAAAGGACUUUGAGAUGUGGCUCAAUGAAACUUGUGAAAAAACGGUAACAUCUCUGUACAAAAACUCGAAAUCCGCCAAUACUAUCUAUUACAGAUGCAAUCGCUCCGGGAAAUUCGUUAGCAAGAGUAAGCAACGAGUUCGUUGUAGCAGGAAGGCAGUUCUGCACUGCUCGUGUUACGUAAACGCUCGUUUCAACAGUGAUGGGACCGUGGGCGUAAAGGCAUGUUUUGGCCAUGUUGGCCACGAACUGGAGCCGGCCCUUCUACAUCUAUCAGAUUCGCAACGGCAGUAUCUCAAGUCAAUGUUAGAAGAGCAUUCGCUGGACUACGUAAUCAGAAGAUGUAGAAAGGAUUUCCCGGCUAAGGAUUCGAGGAUGCACUUUAUGACGAAGGCUGAUCUUUGGAACAUCAUCAACAAAUACGAUCUAAAGCCUGGCUAUCGAGAUGCUGAUGACUUGAAGUCGAUUCACUUGCGGGAAGCGGAACAUAAUGAAGACGAUGGUAGAGUUUGA